AUGACCACUAAUCAAGCCACUUCAGCGGAUGAGGAUCCAAUAAGUUAUAUUGACUGCAGUGAAGAUUGCAUUCCAAAUGACUUAUCUAAUGAAAUGGAAUAUGGUGAAAUCAAAGAUUCCAGAAAUGAUGAAAUAGAAGAUGAUAUACCUAAUGACUUGUUUGAUAAUAAGUUUAAUGCCAUUCUAUUAUCACCAACAAAGAGUACUACUGUUAUAAUUGAGGUUGGAAUGAAAUUUUCCGAACAAAAGGAUAUAUUAGACUUGUAUACAACAUUUGGGAAGGCAAAAGGUUUUGGAAUUCGGAAAAGAACAUCCAACGAGAACUACGUGAUGCUAACAUGUGUUAGAGAGGGCUAUCAUCAACCGAGAAAGGGAAAAGAUGUGCGUGAAUUGUGUGCAACCAAACCAAGGCGGACAUCAUCAUCACGUAUGGGGUGUGAAGCUUGUCUCAAGGCUUCUAGAGAGAAAAAAACAAAAAUGUGGAAAAUCACAUAUUUCAUUGACAAGCAUAACCAUAAGAUGGUUACUCCAAAAAGUGUUUCAUAUUUGAGAUCACAUAGAAAAAUGCCCGAUGCUGCAAAAUGUUUGAUAGAAGAAUUCAAUAACGCGGGUUUGCCUACUGGAAAGGUGGCCACCAUCUUCAAAAGCCAUGAUUUAGGGUUUGACAGUCGAGAUUGUUAUAAUCAUAUGAAAAAUGUGAGGAGAAGGGUAUACGAUGUCGGGGAUGCACAAGUUGUGCUACUUUAUUGUAUUAAACAACAAUCACUGAAUCCUAGUUUUUUUUAUUCUAUUAUGUGUGACGAUGAUGAUCGUAUGGUUAGUUUUUUUUGGAUUGAUGCAAGAUCCAGGCACGCCUAUGAGCUUUUUGGGGAUGUCAUCACAUUUGACACAACAUAUAGGACUAAUAAGUAUUCCAUGCCAUUUGGACCCUUUGUUGGUGUAAAUAAUCAUUUUCAGUCCCUCUUAUUUGGAUGUGCUUUAUUACACGAUGAGACUGAGGAUAGUUUUGUAUGGCUUUUUGAGGAAUGGCUUCGAGCAAUGAAUGGAAAACAUCCAGUUGCCAUAAUUACUGAUCAAGACUUGGCGAUUAGCAAUGCAGUCUCCAAAGUUUUUCCAAAUACGAAACACAGAUUUUGUUUGUGGCAUAUCAUGAAAAAGUUUCCAGAAAAGUUAUCUCAUCUCUACCAUGACCACGCAUCAUUUAAAAGGCAUUUGAAUGACUGUAUUUGGAGCUCCAAGAGCACUCAAGAGUUUGAAGAUAGAUGGCAAAGAUUUCUUAUUCAGUAUGGUCUUAUUGAAAAUGAGUGGUUGAAUGUACUUUAUACAAUUAGAUCCUCUUGGGUACCAAUCUUUAACCAUUCCACUUUCUUUGCUGGUAUGAACACUACUCAACGUAGCGAAAGUAUAAAUUCAUUUUUUGAUGGUUUUGUUACAUCUGGCACAACUUUAAAGGAAUUUGUGGAGAAAUAUAAUCAAGCAAUAGAUGCUCGCUACGAGUCAUUUAAAAAAGAAGACUUUGAAUCUAGGCACAAAGAAAGGAUUUUGACAUUUAAUAUGCCAUUGGAGGAGCAUGCUGCUAAAGUGUAUACCCGUGCAAUUUUUUUAAAGUUUUGCGAUCAACUUUCUCUUAGUUUACGAUUUUCUAAGGAGAAACUUGGGGAUGAUUGUGAGUGGGUUAUGUACCGAGUUUUUAAUAGGAAAGAUGUAGAAGAUUAUGCAACAGUUGAGAUGAAAUUGGAAAACAGAGAAGCUAGGUGUUCUUGCCAUUAUUAUGAGUUCAUGGGAAUCUUAUGUCGGCACAUGCUUGCUAUUUUUUUUAUUGAAAAUGUUGAACAGAUUCCUGAACACUUCAUUCUGCAGCGUUGGAGCAAGGAAGGAAAUGUGAUACCAAGCGGAGAGAAGGACAGAUGUACCGCAAAUGGAGAUAGACUUCUUCGCAGCUUUCAUCUACGCUCUAGAUAUUCCAAACUUGAUGACCUUGCAUAUAAGUCAGAUGAAGCAUUUAAAUUAAUUUGUGAUGGUAUUGAUUCUCUCUAUAAAGCAGCAGAAAAAGUUCUAGCGUGCGAAGAGAGUAGUGGUCUUGGGGAUUCUAAUUUACAGUUGUUGGGUUUUCAUCAUGAAGAGCCUUCUAUGAUGUACUUGAAGGAUCCAAAUAUUUCACAAACGAAAGGGCGGAAAAGGGACUCACAAAGUACUUCACAGGGACACAGGAUUCGUAGCGGGAUUGAAGAAGCAUCAAAGCAUACUAAUAUUUGUGGCAAUUUACAUCUGACAACCAUUAUUUUUGAGUCUGAUUUUGACAUGGAUAUGGUCUCUUUUUGUGUUGCUAAGCUUUGCAUACGAUGUGGUUGGCAGAAGCUUGGUGCAUUUGUCAAUCUAGGAUCUUAUUAUCUUGUGGGAGUUCCUUUAGCAGUUGUGUUUGCUUUUAUCCUCCAUAUGAAUGGGCGGGGGUUAGUUUUGGCAAUUGUAUUAGCACUUAUAGUAAAAGUGGUGUGUUUUCUUGUAGUCAUAUUACGCACCAAUUGGGAGAAAGAAGUAACAUGUUCACCAAUUGGCAAGCCAUAA